GACCGCUUCGUUUAUGCAAACUCCAGCGGCAACUCGGUUAUCCUUUUUCGAGAAGACAACACAGGACUCCGUUCACACUUCACAUUUCGCAGCUUGUACGCCUCCAUCGACUUUACCCUUCCAUCCUCUUCUUCAUCAUCAUCAUCACCAGUUCACCCACGCAACUUUGGAAGACACUUUGACUGACACACAGAGAGUGAGAGAGAUAUGGAGAGGAAGGUGCUGGUGGUUUGUGGGGUUGUGGGUUUCUUGGGGAUAUUAUCGGCUGCGACAGGGUUUGCUGCAGAGGGAACUCGGAUUAAGAGUUCUCAAGUUACAACUGAUCCUCCUGAUCAAUGUGUGUAUCCUCGAAGUCCGGCACUACCUCUUGGUUUAACUGCAGCUCUGGCUCUAAUGAUUGCUCAAAUCGUCAUAAAUGUUUCAACUGGGUGUAUUUGUUGUAGAAGAAGCCCUCGAAUCCCUGAUUCCAGUUGGAGGCUGGCACUGGUUUGCUUUGUAUUAUCUUGGUUCACGUUUGUCAUUGGGUUUCUCCUGCUACUAACCGGUGCUGCUCUUAAUGAUCAACAUGGUGAUGAGAGCAUGUACUUUGGCAAUUACUACUGCUAUGUGGUGAAACCUGGAGUCUUUGCAGGAGGGGCACUUCUAUCCCUUGCAAGUGCAGCAUUUGGAAUUGUCUACUACAUUACCCUCAGCACAGAAAAGAACGCCGGCAAUGGAACGUCGAUAGCGAAUCAAGGAGGAAUAGCCAUGGGACAACCACAGUUCCCACCAACCCAAAAUAGUCAAGAACCAGUGUUUGUACAUGAAGACACAUACAUUAGAAGACAGUUCACUUGAUCAGAAAAUAUCUCUGGACCAAGGGCAAUGUGUAUGAGUUGAUGACAUUUUGCAGAGCAGUUUCCAUGGAUAAACUUGUGAAAAGUGAAGGUGGUUGCAAGCUGCUUUGGUUUGGUCAGUGUUUGGUUUAGUUGCAGGUAGGAUUUGUAUAUGGAUGCAUACAUGAAAACAGACAGCAUAGUUAGGGGAUUAUAUGUUUUUGUUUUUGCAAUUUGAUGGUCCAGAGAAGAUGAAAGAUGAUCUUCAUGCAUUAAUGCCAGGAAAUAUCAGUAGAAUUUAUUCAAAUUA